UCAAACUUUUUCCUUGGUUCUGUUUCACACCUUCUGCUACCCCCUCCCCCCCAUCGAGUCAUCAAAUGAUCAAUCAGCUAUCGCGAUGACAUCCAUUCUCGAGGCUCUCCAGCCGCAUCCAGAAGACAGGCUUCAUCUGCGCAUGCACCGUGCCCGGUCCGUGAUAUUGACAAGUCAGGAACUAGUAGAGAUCCGCGCGGCCCAGCGCACGUUCGAGGGGGCGUACAUGCGGACGGCGCUGUCGCAGUUCUCGCUCGCGCUGGUGAUUCUCAAGAUCUUCACGUCCGAGUUCUACGCCAUCGGCGCUCUUCUGGCUUGCUAUGGCGCCGCCGUGCUGCUAGUGGCCGUCUACCGCCGCUACGAGGGCAACAGGCAGUUCUUUGACAGCUGGGAGGAGGAGAGCGCCAUCAUGGUCAAGAAGAGGAGGUUCCGGACUAGUGGGAAUAGUGUGGGCUUGCUGGUUGUGCUGAGCUUGGUUGGUUAUGUUGCCUUAAUGGUGCUCUUGUGGAGGAUCGGGUCAUGAUCUUGCUUCAGGUUCGGCAUCUGGGGUUUUUGUAAGCUACUAGUACUGGUUCUGGAUGGCCAAUUCUUCUCUAUGCUACCACUAACUACUUCGUAUGUGGUCAUCGUAUACGCCGUUUAUCGCGAAAAGGAACGAAUCUGUCGCUGAUCAAAUAAACGACAGGUCAAGGUAGGCUC